AUGUUGUUUAAGUCUCUUGUGUUGGCGAGCAUUCUUGGCGUUGCGACAGCACACAGUGGCUAUGGCUCCUCGCAAGCUAGAGACGUUACUUUCACGAACAGUCGUCGCCUACUAUUCGAUGCCGACGGCAACCAGAUUGACGCGUAUGGCAGCAAGGUCAACUUCUUCAACGGCUCAUACUACCUCUACGGAAACAGCUUCUCGAUAGAAGGCAUCGCAUUCGGUGUCAAGUCCUACUCCUCCAUUGACCUUGAGAAUUGGAAGUACAACGGCUUCCUCUGGGACCAAAACUCCAUUCCACCCUACCACGAACUCGGUGGCUAUGGCCGCCCUCACAUCGUUUACAAUAAGCAAAACAAGCAAUACGUCCUUUGGGCCAACGCAGGCUCUUCCGGCUAUAUGGUCGCUACUUCCACCUCUCCCUCCGGACCCUUCACAUUCCUCAACAAAACCGCCGCGAUCGACCCUCAAUUGGCUAGUCUUCAGCCUUCGGACCACAUGGUCACAACCCUCGCCAAUGGAACCGGCUACCUCAUCUUCGGCGCCCUAAACUUCCGCGACCCUCGCGCCGGUUCGAUUUGGCCACCUAUCUUUCAAGGGCUCCACAUUUCUGAGCUCACAUCAGAUUACGAGAACACCACUUCCCUCUCCUACCCCGUUAGGUCCGCUGAUAAUGACUUGAUCGAUGAAGAAGCUGAAUCUCCCGAUUUCUUUGAAAGGAACGGAUGGCACUACGUCUCUGGUUCCAACACAUGUGGCUACUGUAAUGGUUCACUCGGUCUUAUCUAUCGUUCUCGAAGUUGGCAGGGUCCAUGGUCGAGGCAAAUCAUCGCGGGCUACAGCUGUAAUGGACAGCAUGAGGGUGUGCUGCCGUUGACGGACCCCAAGACGAAGGAAACUAGCUAUGUAUGGCACUCGACGAGCGUUCCUGGUGGACCAAGGACAGGGUUCGGCGGCCAUAUCUUCCAGCCGCUGAAGUUCAAUGAAGAUGGAAGUGUGCAGGAGCUAGAUUGUACUGCUGACGCGAAGUUCACGGUACCACUUACUCUCGGCAGUGGGAGCGUGGCAACGGGAAAUGCUACUGAUUGUGUGGAUGGAACGCCAAGGGAUGCUGUGUAUACGCCUGUUUGCGAUUCGGACCAGUUUGAUCUCUACCAGACUUGGAAAGUGAGCAAGAACGGCACGCUGAAAAGUGUUGCUGUCAACAUCGCGAGGAGUGUGCAGACUGUACCGCUCGCUCUGACGGUGUUCAAGUUCGACAGCUACGAUGAUCUGAUCAUGCCUGAAUACAAAUGGACCCCUCUCGGCACCACAUCUCUGAACGCCACCGCAUUAUCCUACACCUUCGACACCGCCACCAUUCCCAUAACCUCCAACAGCACCGUGAAGGCAGGCGACCUCCUCGGUCUCGCAAUCAUCGGCCAAGACUUCGCUCCUUACUGCCACUUGGAGUAUGAUGCCAGUGGUGAUGCAGAUCGAGUUCUCUUCCAGCGGGGCGCUGGACAGAACUCGUGGAGAGGGUUGAAGGGGCGGACCAGUCCGCUUUAUAAGAGGGAAGGGAAGGGGGUAAAGGUCUUUGGGAGUUAUGUAUAA